CCAGCGCCUGCCUCCCGCUGGCGCCACUCAGAACCCUUGCCCCCGGCCAACCUGGACUGCCUCCUUGCGCAGGCAGACGGAGCUGGCUGCGCUGGGCAGGUGGGAUAGUGGGCAGGGGCCCGAGGGGCCAUCCUCACAGGUGACCUGGCUUCCCUGGCUGUUUGCUCCAGGCCAGCAGGGCGAGGAGAUGGGGUGCCCGCCAGACCCCCGCAGCACCCGGGCCCCGGCGGGCACCAUGGCUGUACCCGGGCUCAUUCCGGACCUCUUUGCCCGGAUCCCCUGGGAGUUUUGGGACCUCCGAGAGAGGCGGCUCCGUGGGGCACUCAUUGCCGCCGCGGCCGUGGCGGGCAUGCUCAUUGUUUCCUGCCUGCUCUGUGCCAUCUGCUGCUGCCACCGUGGCUGCCACAGGAAGAAGCCCAGAGACAAGGAGACCGUGGGCCUGGGCAGCGCCCAUGGCUCCACCACCACCCACCUGGUACAGCCGGAUGUGGGCAACAUGGAGCCUGACACUGGGGGGCCGCGGCAGUGGGGGCGCCUGCAGCUGUCCAUGGAGUAUGACUUUGGAAGCCAGGAGAUCAAGGUGGACCUCAAGCAGGCUGCGGACCUGAGGCCCAGGGGCCCGGGCGGCACGGCGGACCCCUACGCGCGUGUCAGCCUCUCCCCCGAGGCCGGGUGCAGGCACGAGACGAAGGUGCACCGUGGCACACUCUGCCCCAUGUUUGAGGAGACCUGCUUCUUCCAAGUGAGUGCCCCCCCCGCGGAGCUGCCCCGGACCACCCUGCAGGUACAGGUGCUGUACUACAGGCACUUCUCCCAGCACGAGCUGCUGGGUGGCCUCUGUCUCCCACUGGUCCCCGUGGACCCACGGCACCUCCUGGAGCUCUGGCACCCACUGGGCCCACCCGAUGCCACCGCCGAGCCUGAGCUGACGGGGGAGCUGUGCUUCUCACUCCGGUAUGUGCCCGGCUCGGGCCACCUGACCAUGGUCAUGCUGGAGGCCCGAGGCCUGAGCCCAGUGCUGGCAGAGCUCUACGUGAAGGUCCAGCUUAUGCUGAACCAGAGAAAGUGGAAGAAGAGAAAGACGUCUGCCAGGAAGGGCACGGCCACCCCUUACUUUAAUGAGGCCUUCACCUUCCUUGUGCCCUUCAGCCAGAUCCAGGUGGGCUGCCUGGAGGAGGGGGCAGGGGAGGUACCUCGCUCAGGGCUAAACUGGCUGCUGUCUUUCUCCCCUCCCACCGCACCUCUGCCUGCCUCUACCCAGAACGUGGAUCUUGUGCUGGCUGUCUGGGCCUGGGGCCUGCAGUUCCGGGCCGAGCCCGUGUGCAAGGUUCUCCUGGGUGCCUGGGCCUCUGGCCAGCCCCUACAGUAUUGGGCAGACAUGCUUGUCCACGCCUGGCGGCCUGUCGCCCGGUGGCACCGCCUGCAGCCAGCCGGGGAGGUGGACCGGGCCCUGGCCUUGCAGCCCCGCCUGCACCUGCCCUGGCCUGGCUCCUGAAAGCAGCCCCGGGCCUGGGUCUCCCCGGGCUGGGCCGUGGGCCCCAUGCAGGUGGUCCUGGGGAUGCACCAUAAUAAACAUCUUCUCCCCCCCGCACUGU